UCAAGUCAAGUAAUGCAAAAACCGAAGAUAUAUCCCUACCACUACUCAAGUUCGAGCAUGCUGAAGAAGUUUUGCUUGAACUAGCCAACCGGGGGGUGGUUGAUGAAACUAAAAAGAUCAAUGAGCUCUCUGAACAUUUGAAAUACAUAAUUAAGCUUCUUGGUGUCGUCGGCCGUUUUCUCGAAGCUAUGAUCUUCCAAAUGAGUGUCAUUGGAUCAGCUGUUGCUAAUAAGGAAGUCGCGUUUGGUAACACAUUCUACCAAAGCGGAUUACGUUACUUCUUACAAGAAUGCCAAUAUCAACCAAAACAUUGCCAAGAGCUCCUCAAGAGAACGAAACAACAUAUCAAUGAAAAGUAUCAACGUUACUUCGACCACUUCACAUCAAAAGAUAAUCUUGAAAUAAUCCCCUUCUUGGUGGCAUACACUUUGUUUGGGUGGCCUGUUGAUCGAACAGACACAAUCGGUAUUAAUAAGAAGCGUAAAAUUGAGGAAUUGGAGAAGGAGGAGCUCAUUUUUCUCGAUGGAAAUGGGAAUAAGAGGCUCAAGCUUCCGUUUCUCACUCUUCAUGAAAUUUACUCUCAUCGGAACCUUGACGCGCUUCCACCCAUCAGGGUUCUCGAGUCCCUAGACAACGCGAUCUCACCGGAUCAAAAUGAGAGGUUGACCAUCUCAGUGCUCGUAUUUCGGCUAUGGGCGAUCUACCAGAAAUCAAUUGCAAAUGGUGCCACCGAUCCAUGCAGUUGUUUGCUUUCCCAACUUGUCCCGCUAAGAUACAACCAGAAAGAUAUGUCACUCAAGUUUUUACCUGUAUUUACCGUCCGUUCGACGGAUAAGCAAAUCAACGAAAAAAACUGGAACGAAUUUGUUAAAAACAUUAAUCAUUCCAUACCAGAAUGUAUCGCCUACCACAACCUGCAGAAUGCCAAAUUCGCUGACUCAUUCUUACUUACAGAACCUCUCAUCCUCAUCCAAGACAAGCAACAAGUGAUUAGCCGUAAGAAAGUGAUUGACGGUCGUUCACCAAGUAUGCUGGAGAAAGGCCUUCGUAAUGACAAGACCUAUAAAGAAAAUGAGAUUUUAAUAACGGAAGAAGAAAAAAAGGAUGUAUUUGGAGAUUUGUUGGCUCUCAGGACAUUGCAUUGCAUUGAAC